AUGCUGCUCAUUCCCUCUCUCCAGCGAUGCGUUCAGCUCCUCCUCUUGCCCCUCCAUAUUCUCGCCUGCCUGGGCUUCUGGGACUCCUUCUAUAAGAAAGUCUUCCCAUAUGUCACGGCGAAGGUGGCAGCCAUCUACAACCACAAGGUCUACAAGCGGAAACAAGAGCUGUUCAGCAACUUAAGAAAAUUUGCUGGCCCUUUGGGCCAGCUCGUGUUGCUGGAAAUUGGCACGGGCACUGGCACCAAUUUCCAGUUCUACCCACCGGGCUGUCGGCUGACGUGCACCGACCCUAAUCCCAAUUUCAGAAAGUUCCUCCUCAAGAGCCUCUCGGAGAACCGGCACCUUACGCUUGAACGUUUUGUGGUUGCUUCUGGCGAGGAUCUGCAUCAAAUUCCAGAUGGCACCAUGGACGUGGUGGUGUGCACCUUAGUGCUGUGCUCUGUGACCAACAUCAAGAAAGUCCUGACGGAGGUUUUGCGAGUGCUCAGGCUGGGUGGAGCUUUCUACUUCUUGGAGCAUGUGGCUGCAGAUCAUUCCAGUUGGACCUACUUUUGGCAAAAGGUCUGCGACCCAGUCUGGAAGUAUUUUGGAGAUGGGUGUUCCUUGAGCAGAGAGACAGAGAAGGAGCUGGAGAAAACUAAUUUCUCAGAACUAAAUUUGAGGCACAUUCAUGUCACGCCUUACUGGAUUCCUAGUAGUCCUCAUAUCAUUGGGUAUGCAGUAAAAUAAAUGACCAUGAGCGCUGCGGGACACAGGACCUCCCUUCAGUACUCCUUUCAUGCUUUAUAGAUGGUUUUUCACCCUUGCAGUCAGCCCAUAUACAGCAGCUGGCUACCCAGAAUAAAAGUAUGAAAAACUUCCUGAGCAUCCACAGCUCACCCAAACUGGGAAUCACAUUCUUCCAUUUGUUAGAUAGGUUUUCUGGAGAGAGCUCUGAAAUAGAGCUGCUGCACAGGGACCAGGCAAACAGGAAAGAACUCUAGACAACACGUUUCAGUCCAAUACAAAAUAAAGGAGGAGUCAGCAUCUUAAGAGAGUUGAGAAGGGGGAGAGGGAAGAAAGGGAACAGAAGAUAGAUGCAAGCAAGUACAGGGGGCUAACAUGUUUCUAAGGGCAGAGAAUAAUGCCCAACCUCUAACAUUUCCGAUACAGGACACAUGCAUAAUAGAUACAGCAUCACUAGGAGCAUUUUCAUUUCAGUCUUCCCAUUAUGAAAUACGUUUACGAGCAGGCAUUCAUUCGCCUGUGCCAGUACAGUCCUCCCUGACAGGACUUUUGUUUAUUCAGGGAAGUGCUCAUUACAACACCAGUUCACUAGGCAUAGUCCUCACUGGCCAUUAGAUGCUAAUGCUAUCAGUGCAGAUUUAACGUGAAACAGCCACCUAUAAAGCAAAAAUGGAACUUUUCUUUACACUGGGAGAAAACUGGCAUUUGUUAAAUCGGAUGGCAGAAAUCUCAUCUCUGCUGUAAAAUGCUGUUACUAGAUCAGCCACGUCCUUAGAGCCCUUUUGUCAUGCUCUACUAACAUGUUUUACCUAUGCUUAAACUCUUCAUUUUCUACUCCCCCUCCAAUCUAGAUCACACCUUAAAGAGGUCUCUUUUAAAAGCCAGGAGUUCCAUUAGAAAUGUUUUCCAGUUAAACUCCCCUAGGAGACCAAGAGAAGGUGCUGCUCUCUUGGCCACUAUUUAACCUUUUCUAUGAUUUCCUGCAGUACAGCAGCAAAGAAUUAAAACCUGGUACAGAUGAUAUUUAUAAGAAAUUAAUGUAUUUUGUGCUCCAUACACAUCCAAUUGGUCUACACAGAAAGUAACUCCCAUUGUUCAAAUUUGUUUCUCUAAUGUAGUUGCCACAAGGUGGAGGUAUGAAGGUAUAACAACACAGUUUGUUAAUAAAGCAGUCUAGUAACAAUGCUGCCGUAUGUGGAUUUUAUAUUUGCUUUAUUCCCACUAGAGGGAGGAAGUAACUCAUCGGACAACAGGACUAGCUGUCACUCAACAGAAAACCAAAAUUCUCCAGUGCAAUUCACAACAGAACUGGGACCUUAAGUCCUUCAGCAAUUAAAUGCUAGUGGCUAAUCUACACUGCUGCCAAGUCCUUUGAAAAAGCACUGGUGACUGCAAAGUUGAAAAAGUUUUACAGAAUGCAUUUAGCAUAGAACGGACCAUUCAUUGUUGACUCAAGCUUAUGAAGUUAAUAAAACCAAGCCAUACACUGUAUGCAGCGAUUACCAAAUUAAUAAAUUGUUUUAUCUCUGUUCCAUGAUUCCCAUCAAAGAUCUGAAAGAUAACUAAGAAAAGCAAGCUGAUUCACUGCAAAGGAGCCCAUAUGCGCAUACCAAACUAUUUUAGGUGUCCACGAAGUGGAAAGACUGAAACCUGCUGUUGCAGAGAGAGCACAGAGCAAGUAGCUGACUAGCUCAUCCAGCUACUUACAACGGGGUGGUAAAUUAACUCUUAAACAAAUGUGUUUUAACUGAAAUGUUAAUCAAACUCCUAAUGAAACACCUACAGCAAAUCCAGAGUUUGCAUGAAUUUCCUUCGGCUCACUAAAGACAACAUACGGUUGCUUUAAGAAAUAUGACCUGUAACCUGAAACUGCUGAACACCAAGUUAGGGCAUCUUAUGACAUGUUGCCAGUGGUUACAUACAAAGUUGUACUGCCCAGUUUGUCCC